GAUCAGCAAAUAAAUUGUCUAUCAACGAUUACAACAACAAGUAUGCAAUAAUAUUUGCAAAGCAACUUAGAAAGCUUUAAUUCACACCUCAGUAUAAUACAAAAGAUGUUACGCGCACGUUUAUUUCGCUUUGUACUGAAUACUUCUUAUUACAACUCGCUAAUUGUGGGCCUACUACCAGCUCCACUGGAGCGAAGAAGUCUUGGGUUUCGCGACACACGCUUUUAUCUCGCGUACAGCGCUCUCGCCCAUGCUUUUUGUGUAAUCGUCUCGACUUAUGCCGGUUACUACUACUUCAGCUUUGGCUUCAUGACUAGCGAUCCCAUUUUGCAGUGGACCUACAGCGCAACACAUCUGACGAAGAAUCUCUUCAUGGUGGUACUCGUCAAGGAGUUAUGGUGCAAAAGAACGCGCAUAAAGUCAGCAUAUACGGAUUAUUGUGAACUUGAAGAGCGGCUGCAAGCUUUUGCGGCAGCGGCAAGUGGACCAAAUGUCGUAGAAAGUAGUGAGCCACUCAAGACGACAACCCUCGAUCGCCGCUUAGAAAAUCUUAUAAUUUUCAAAUUCUUUCUCUCUUACGUUCUCAUUGUGAUGAAUGCGUAUAACUUUUUGUCUCAACACCCCGGCACUGAUGCCAGUUACAUUCCGAUCACAUAUAUUUCAUUUGCACUGAACACCUAUAUGCUAACCGUAUCGGGAAAUUUCUUCAAUAUAUUCAGCCAACUCUACCGACAGUUCUCGCAAAUAAAUGCACAUUUGGAAGCGCUCUUCAAACAACUACAAUGUCAAAUGUCACGCGUACCCAGUGGUGAAGUUGUCGCUGGUCGCAUCAACACUCUGGCCAGGCUACAACUCGCUGGCUAUCGUCUGACGCAACGCAUAUUCACAAUCGGCGAGUUCACAUUGGCUGCCUUAUUGCUGCGUCUAUUUACCGCUAAUAUGCGUACGGUAUAUGGCACCAGCAUGCUCCUCAGCCAGAAUCAGACAGGGAACUUGUGGUCGCAGGCCAAUGAACUCUUCUUUACCGCCGUCUUCUUUGGUGAUACGGCAAUGGUGAUGGGUAUGCUGGAUGCGGUGUUGGCAAAAUGCAAUCAUACCGGACAGUUGCUGAGGGAUUAUGCCGAGCUGGUUGAGAUCUGUGAUAGUCCUAACUUGAAACGAGCGUUGGACACAUUUUCCUCUCAGCUGAGCUGUCACAAACUUCGCUUUAUGUUAUGUGGUCUCUUCGAAUUCAACAAAGAAGCUUCGCUGCAAUUCUUUUUACUUGUAUUGGUAAAAACUACAGUGCUCGUGCAAUUUGACAUGCAAAAUAAGUUAAGAGUUAAGGGGUAAAAUAAGAUUUAAAAAAUGUAGAUAUAAGAACGUCUUUUCUUAAGAGUCGGUAAAUAAGUUAGCAAAGCUUCUUCAAAUAAAUGUGUCGGACAACCUUAAAAUCGAACUUUUUGUCCGCCGAAGAGAGGUGUGCGUCUAAUAGAAGAUGUCGUUAGAAGAUGUUUCUCUGUAUUCGCCGUUUCUUCUUCAAACAUCGCUUUCAAUAAAAUCCAGUAUAAUAUUUUUUUUAUUUUUAUAUUUUGCAAUGCAAUAUUUAUUGUUGUAUUUAAAAUGUGUAAAAAAAUUAAAUACAGGUCUUGAAAAUCAUUAUUUUUUUAUACACAUAUGUAUGUACGUAUGAAGGUGAAUUGGUAGAGAACCGCUAAGAUAUGAUGCAAAUAUGCAUGGCCUGAAAUAAAUUAAUUGUUAAAAUAUAAAAAUAUUGUUUAUAACAUUUAAAAGUUUAUGCUGAAAGCGUGGAAUAUCAUAUAUUUUUCAAAGUAAAAAACAAUUAAUA